CAAUUUUCGACUCAGAGUGUUGUCCCAAAUAUACAUUUACAUUUCCUAUUUAUUUCUGUACUUGACCUUUGACCCGGUUGCCAUGAGCAGUCAAACAAAUUCGGCAGUGUGAUUACUUUUGGAGAUGUACAAUAAUCGUAAAUAGAGAGGCAAGUGGCAAGGAAUAAGUUCUCCUGUUAAAUUAUAAUUUAAUUUGAUAUCCAAGUGACACUUUGGAAACUUUUUAAAAAGUUUUAUACACCAAAAGUUUAGAAAGCAACAAAAUGAGUGCUGAAACUGCCAGGAGCAGUGCUGUGAGGUUGCCAGAAAUAAAUGUUGGGACAAUUUAUGAUGGAAAAUACAAAGACAGGAGACCAGAAUUGAAAGCUGCUGGUAAACUCACAGCUACGGGAGAAUCUGCACAAAACUGUUUGAAACCUCCAGACAAAAGGCCAACCUCACCCGAGGCUAUCAGAAGAUUCCGUGAUACCUUACGUCCAGAGGCAGGCAAAAUUACAGUAUUUUAUGGUAAAGCUCAUGACCCACAUCUCCAAUGGGCAAAAGAAAUGCGCCAUGGUGUUAAUACAAAACCAUCUAUGUUUGCUGGAGAGUUAGUAAAUCCUGACCCCAAAACAAGAUUCAAACAAAAGGUUAACGAGAAGAAAGAAUCUUUAUAUGCAAGCCAUGCUAGAGGACCACUGGGCUCGUCUCACAAUCAACGAGAAAGACUCCCAACAGAUCUGGAUCCCCAGUCAUUCACAUUUGGAAUACAAACAGAAAAAGAUAUCACAGCUGGGGAACUUGUGAGUCCAAACAAGUCAUACAAUGUAGUCCAAGCAGAAGGAGAAGAAGGACGAGACCUCUAUAGAAAAACUCACCACGCAUUUAAAGUCUCUGAGGCACUUAAUAGAAAUUAUGUCUCCCCGGAUUACUGUAGCACUGAUAAAUUUGGAGUCCCAACUCCUCACGAUAAUGAUGGAAGACAUGUCAGAGAUACGCUGAAGUGGUUGCAUGACACCAACACAGAGAAAGCUGCACAGGUUGUCAACAAGAGAGUUGAUGAUUUCCGGGAAAGGACACAACCUCAACUUGGAAAAGUACACGACCCGAUAAAAGAUACUCUUAAAGUAGGACCUGACCACACAUUUGGCAUCAUGGUGAAGCCUGAUGAGUAUGGGGCAGGAGAUCUGAUGCAUGCUAGGUCCCCGACCAAUUACCUGAGGGGGAAGGAAAGAACCAGGGGGGUUUUAGCUGCAAUUAGACAACAUCUCAAGAAGGCCAACUACCACAAUUUUCAUGAUUUACUGCAUGCAUUCCAACACUACGAUAAGAAUGGUUCUGGUAAAGUGGACAUCAAUGAAUUGCGUGAAGUAUGUGUGCAGUUCAAUCUACCAGUUGAUGCAGUUCUACUUGAGCAACUUAUGGACUAUUGUGACGUCGAUCGCGACGGUUACAUCAACUACAUAGAAUUCUCUAAUUUCCUAAACUGGAAGGACAAAAUGCCAACUGGUCAGCCUGAAGUUAUUCAGUCACAUCCAGGAACUCCAAAAUUAGUAAAAGAAAAAGAUCUAGUUGCUAAAUCACCGACCAGUCGUGAAUCAACCCCAAGAAGGAUUCAAAAGCAAAUUGACGCUGCAAUGGUUGACCAUAGAACAAGUGCAUCUUUGAUUAAUGCUACAGUGGGCGGUAUUUCAACAAAAGACUAUAGAACAUAUGGAGUACCCACAAUUCGCACAGAUAAGGCAGCGCCAAGAAUCCGACGUGUUUGUGAUAGAACAAAUUAUGGUGAUGAAUCUGAUGCCUUUGGUCUGGUUAACCCAUCCAUCUUUAGUACUAGGGGUCUUUCAGAGAAAGACUUCCUUAGAGCUAGACCAAAAGAAGAGAUCCGACAAGUAUUCACUAACAUUGGUGUCCACAUGACUCUUGAUGACUUUGAUAAAAUAUAUGACCAAGCCGCAUCAUUUGACCCUCGGGGACAAGUUAGCAUUGAACUUUUCCGCAGUGUUCUUGAUCAGAACGAGGCAGGACGGAUUAUUGUCGAAUAAGCAUAGUGAACCCUGGGAAAUUUAUAUUGGCGUUAGAUAAGGAUACAUGUAACUAUGUCAAGUAAACAAACAUGUCUAAAAACACUACAGCCUUAAGGUGAAGAAUGGAUAAAAACUGGAAUACAUAUAUAUUUCCAAAACUUUUGGGGUAGAAAACAUACAUGUAAUACUCAUUAACAGUUGAUGAUAAAUUGGAAUACGUCAAAACUUAAAAUACUUCAAAACUGACAUUUAAAUCUUGAUUAUUUUUCUGGAGAGAUCUAUAUAAGAACAACAUUAGCCUGUUAGCAAUUUUUGGAAAACACUGAUCUUAGUAUGUUUCUAAAACACUAAUGUUUAUCUGUGUUUCAGCCAUUUGGUAACUAGCGUUAUAACUCAACUACAUAAUGUAACUGCUGAAUCAAAUACUCUCUAAUUGAAUUUUCUUGGGUUGAAUACUCUAUAAU